AUGCAGUCGUCACCGAUGUUGAGGUCCUUUAGUUCGGAGUCAGAGCACAAGAGGGACUGGAAACAGCGGUUGAGUUUGAGAGACAAUCGAAGAAGAGAUCCGGACUCGUCGACGAGCCGGAAGGGGUGCACGAGGAAAUGGGCGAGCCUGAAAACGGCGCCGAGGGCGCCCGGCGGCGAUUUGCUCGACGCCGGCACGAGCCGCUCGCCGUCGUCGCCGUCGUCGACGGCCAACACCAGCCCCCUGCCGGCCACCGGCACCGACGGCGUCAGAAAGAGCAACUGGCAGGUCAUAGAGCACUUCGGGUCGAAGGAAAAGGGCAGUUUAUCUUCCAGUUUGAUCGCUGUUGGCACGAUUCCAAGGUCGCCUCCGGCGCGAGAGAACGGCUCCAUCCUGAACUCGAGUCCCGACCUGGAGGGACGCGAGGUCGAGGCCGAAUUGCUGAUGUCGCCCGAUCAGGUCCGGCAGCAGAACGGGCUCUUCGCUAAAAUCGGAAGACUUAUGGGGAAAAUAUGCAGCACUCAUCAGUUUAAAAACGAACAGGUGGAAAUGCUCUACCAAAGAUAUUUCCUGAAAAUGAACCAGAGCAACAUGACCAAUUUGAUAACCUUGCUUCUGGUAUUGUGCGUCUGCCUCUUGGUGAUCUCGCUGACGGAUUUCGUGAUGCCUCGUAAACUCCCAGAGGAUGGGCCCCUGCCAGAUUCCAUAAGAUACGAUAAAUUGCUAGUACUCGUUUGCACAUCAGGCUGUUGCAUAGCCAUAUACGCCGUUCUACUUAACAUUGUGUCAAGACCUGCGAUGAACGAAGUUUAUCUUAUCAUCAUAUCCUAUUUCAUACUAGUCACUUUCGUUACAAUGGAGAUAUGUAUAUCGUUUUAUUUCGAAGCUAGUCGUCCUCUUUUGGGAGCCGUUUUCGCAUUGGCGUUCACCUAUCUGACGUAUUCCCUCAUGCCUAACAGGCUCAAAGACGCUCUCCUAUCGGGCGCGAUUCUGGCUUUAGCCGAGAUAUUUCUUUUGGUGUACGUCGGGAAAAUGACCGGAUUCUUCGAAGUGUUUAGCUGUUUCGUUAUCCUGCUAUGCGGAAACAUUGCCGGCGUUUGCACCCAUUAUCCCCGAGAAGUCGCCCAAAGGAAGGCUUUUUUGGAGACCAGGCAAUGCAUCGAAGCCAGAUUGAAAAUACAAAGGGAAAAUCAACAACAAGAACGUUUGCUGCUGUCUGUUUUGCCGCGUCAUGUCGCGAUGGAAAUGAAAGCAGAUAUUGCCGGCCAACCGAAGCAGGAGCAGUUUCACAAAAUUUACAUACAAAAACACGAGAAUGUGAGUAUUCUCUUCGCCGACAUAUGCGGAUUCACGACUCUGUCUGAUCAGUGCACAGCCGAGGAACUCGUCCGAAUACUAAAUGAGCUGUUUGCGCGAUUCGAUCGGUUGGCUGCCGAGCAUCAUUGCCUCAGGAUAAAACUACUGGGAGAUUGUUAUUAUUGCGUUUCCGGUUUACCAGAAGCUAGACCAGAUCAUGCCCAUUGCACCGUCGAAAUGGGACUGGACAUGAUUGAUGCAAUAGCAUUAGUGAGAGGAGUAAUGAACGUCAACGUUAACAUGAGAGUGGGAAUACAUACAGGGCGAGUACAUUGCGGUGUCUUGGGACUUCGAAAAUGGCAAUUCGACGUCUGGUCUAAUGACGUUACGCUGGCCAAUUAUAUGGAAAGCGGAGGAAUACCGGGACGAGUUCACAUCACCAAAGAAACUUUGAAGUGUCUAGGAAACGACUACGUCGUAGAGCCGGGUAACGGGGGAGAAAGAAACUCGUAUCUGAAGGAUCACAAUAUAAAUACGUAUUUAAUUGUAGCGCCGUCGUACAGAGGGGAUACGACGAUCCCUUAUCAGAGCCACCCAAUGAACGGCAACAUAGCAAAGGAGAUGAGGAUAAUGGGUCACGGAUCCCAACAUGGACAUUCUUCAAAGCUUGGUUUCGGGGAGCCCGUGGAAAGAGAGAAGAAUCCCGAAGAUGAAGUUAACGAGUACCUGAUGAAGGCAAUCGAUGCCAGAAGUAUCGAUAGAUUAAGGACAGAGCACUGUCGAACGUUGUUACUUAAUUUUAGAGAUCCUACCAAAGAGGCUAAGUUUAUGUUAGAAAAGGAUAGAAUGCUCACUAUGUAUUUUUUUUGUUCUACGAUGUGUUUUAUCACAAUUAUUUUAGUUCAAUUAGCGGUGUUUAGAAGGAAUAAUACCGCCUUGAUGUGUUCAGUUCCUAUUUUAUUCUUGUUAGUUUUCAUCCCAAUAUUGGUUUAUAUGAACAGUAUUAAACAAAGGAGAGGUUUUUCGAGUUUGUUUUUGGUAUCGAGAACCAUUCACAAGAACAGGAACAUCGCUCAAAUAUUUUGUUUCAUAAUGGCGGCGUCCAUUUACGCCUUAGUUAUGUUUCAAACGUUCUCACUCUCAUUCGAAAUUCAAUGUUUAAAUUCUACUUUCGAAGAAUUCAAUUGUACAAACGAUCUAUUAAAUUAUACGAACGAAAACAAAGGCUGUAAACAUUAUUACUUAGUCGAUUAUUUAUUAUUGCUGGUGAUGGUUUCCAUGAUAGCGUGCGCCGUCUAUCAAAUUCUAAUCUCCUUAUUGAAAACGGUCAUCCUACUAGGCGGGAUGACAGGUUUUCUCCUGGCCUACGUAAUUUACAACAAAGGCGUGCAGUCAAUUACUUGUCUCUACAGAUCCAGCGAAGUAUCUUUUACGUACCAAUACAUGAAUGUCAUAGUAUUAGCGGCAUUCGUGAUAGCUCUAAUUUUGCACGGGCAACAAACCGAAGCGACAUACCGAUUAGAUUUCGUGUGGAAACUCCAAGCUACAGAGGAGAAAGAGGACAUGGAACACUUGGAAGCGUACAACAGAAAGCUAUUGGCAAAUAUACUCCCCGUUCACGUAGCAGAGCAUUUUCUCAACAGCGAGAAAAAUAACGAUGAACUCUACCACGAGCAGUGCGACUUUGUGUGCAUAAUGUUCGCAUCGAUACCGAAUUUCUCGGAGUUCUACGUGGAAUUGGAGGCGAACAACGAGGGCGUCGAGUGCCUGAGGCUGCUCAACGAAAUCAUCGCCGAUUUCGAUGAAUUACUCUCCGAAGAUCAGUUCAAGUACAUCGAAAAAAUCAAAAGCACCGGCGCUACCUACAUGGCAGCCUCAGGUUUAACGCAGAACACGUGCGAUAUGACGGAUUACAAGCACGUGAGCGCCAUGGCGGAUUACGCGCUAAGGCUGAGAGAUCUCCUCGAAGAAGUCAACCAGCACUCGUUCAAUCACUUCCGGAUCAGGAUAGGCAUCAACGUGGGGCCAGUGGUGGCGGGCGUAAUCGGCGCCAGGAAGCCCCAGUACGACAUAUGGGGCAACGCGGUCAACGUGGCCAGCAGGAUGGACAGCACCGGUAUUCAGGAUAAGAUCCAAAUAACAAGGGAAGUGAACCAGAUCCUCCAAGCAAAGGGUUACCCGACCAGAUGCAGGGGCACCAUAAAAGUCAAAGGUAAAGGAACCAUGGAGACGUUCUUCCUGGAAGGGCCGGCGAAAUCUCGCCCCAACAUCACGGUGAAUCCGUUGGCCACGUUCGGUUCGGAGGACAGGCCCGAUAAGCCCGCGACCAGUACUUUAGGCACGAUAUCCGAGAAGAACUGA